AUGUCGCAUACAAUACUGCUCAUUCAACCAACAUCAAGGCCUGAUUCUCGAACGUGGUCUGAUUAUGAGACCACCACUGAAUGUAUGGAAGGAGUGUGCAAGAUUUUCGAGGAGCAUCUAAAGAAGUUGAAUCCGAAGUCGGCUUCGAUUACGUACGACGUGCAAAACCUAUUUCAUUUUAUUGAUCGGCUGGGUGAUCUUUCAUGUUUAGUGUUUAACGAUGCCACUAGCACUUACGCCCCACACAACAAGGUGUGGAUUAAGGAACAAAUCUACAAGAUGCUGCAACGACAAGCAACGAAAUAA